GACACAACAAAAAAACAACACCAAACACAGCUACAACAACAAAAACAUGUGAUACCUCCAAUAUUUGAAUUUAUUACACGGCAUCCGAAGGCAUUGUUAUUGCUAUUGACGAUCGUUGAGAUGCUCAUGUUUUUUGAUAGAGGAGCUAUUGCUGCUGUUCUACCAUAUGUAAAGGCUCACUGGGAUUUAAGUGGAAAACAAGAGGGAAUAAUCGGAAGUUCUUUUAUUAUUACAUUUUCAAUAGGAAGUGCUGUAUUUGCAUAUAUGGCUAAUUUUGUGCGAGUGAAUUUGAUCAUGUCUUUUGGAUUAUUUGUUUGGACAGCAAGUGCUGUAUUAUCUGGUUUGUGGGGAACAUUGUCGCAUGGUGUUGAUCAACAGUGGGGUUAUUAUUUAUUGGUAAUUUCGAGAGCUUUGAUAGGAAUUGGUGAAGCUAGUUUCGUCCCACUUUCGGUGACUUUAAUUGAUGAUCUAGCUUCAAAAGAAUACAAAACAACAUAUAUGAGUUUCUUCAUGGUUGGAGUACCCUUUGGUGUAGCAAUGGGUUAUACGAUAUCUCCUCUUCUUGUUGGAUUGGGAAGUUGGACUUACUGUUUCUAUAUUGAAGCAAUAUUUGGAUUAUUCUUUGGAUGUUUAUUUUUGUUUGUUCCUUUAAAUUCAGUGAAAACAAACAGAGCAAAGAAAACUGAUGAAGUAACAGAUCCUGCAAAUACGAGUGUGGAAAUUGAACACAAGGAUAAUGUUGCAUCUUCUGAUGAAAUUUCCAUUGUAAAUAUUUCCAAAUUAGAAACACAUCAAGAUAAGCAUGAACAUUUAUCAGAUGAUGAUGACGAUGGUGAGGAUUCACAAGAUGCUCUUUUGGAGAAAAAGGACGACUAUCAAGAUGAUGAAAUAAUGAUUAACGAACCAAUGGAUGAGGAGGAACUUAGCUUUACCAAUGAACAAAGAAAGCAACAAGCUGAAAAGAAAAAGUAUCAAAUAUUCUCCUUCUGGUCCGCUUUGAAAUAUUUAUUCUGCAAUCCAGUGUAUUUCUUUGCAACUUUGGGCAGUUGUGGAUAUAGUUUUUGCAUUGGUGCUAUUCAAUUCUAUGCACCAUCAUAUGUUCUUCACAAAAUGAAACAAGCUGACAGUUCAAUUACAGUGAAUUCUGACUCUGCCAACAUUGCAACAGUUGGAUUUUCAAUUGCCAUGCUCAUUGCAUCAAUUAUUGGAACCAUGUCUGGUGGUUUUAUUGUGGAUAGAUUUGGAGGGUCAAACGGUAUGAAGGGAGCAGCUCGUGGAUUGUUAUUCUGCACAAUCUUUCUCAUUUUAGGAUUCCCGUGGUUUUAUUUGGAAUUUCAUGUUGCUUCCUCUUUUGCUCAACUAGUCCAUUCCAAUGCAGUGUUGUAA